GCUGACAAAGUGGCAACUUCGCCGAAGAAUAAGGAUAUUAUGCAUAGAAGCCGGUAGUACGUGCAUCAACAUCGCAUCAACCUGAAGUCAACCUCAUACUAUUGUUGAUCAUCUUCUACCCCUGUCUGUAUCCAAAGAACCAUGAGACCUCGUACGAAAGGCGAGUUGCGAACACGGAGUGGCUGCCGAAAAUGCCGAGAGCGACGAGUCAAAUGUCCGGAGCAACGUCCUAUAUGUGGCCAUUGCCGACGAUUAGGCUUCACCUGCCGAUAUGAAACCAGGUUGAACUGGCAAGAUGCAAUUCUACCUGAAUGUGAUGACACUCUUUCACGACGGCUACCCGAGGACCUUUUAAUCUCUAUCCAAAGUUGGAUGUUUCUCAACACGAGCCAAGCCGACUUCAAUCCGGAUAGCCCUCAGAUCGCACCGGAGAUCAGCCAGUCUUAUUCUUUACCCGAGGACCUUGAGUAUCCGUAUCCGCAAUAUCUCUCCCCGUUCCGCCUAGGGGAAGCUGAGAAUUAUCUCUGGAGCUACUUUACUGAGUCCAUGACUACACGAAUUGUCAUUGACCCUAAUUUUAACCCUUAUCGGGAUAUUAUAUUGAAGAUGGCGGCUUGUUCCCAAGAGGGGCCGCUCUUCCAAUGCAUACUAGCAGUAGCUGCAAACCAGUUGCAAAGUAUUGGCCGGAGCGAAUACAACCAAGUAACAUGGCUUCACAGAGCUAAGGCAUUGCGCCUCUUAAGAUCUCAAAUUACACAACUAGCUUCUGGAGAAACACGCAACGUGGGUUACGAGACUUCGAAGGAUCAAGUCAUUGCGUCGACUAUUAUGUUGACCUUUUUUGAGAUCUCAAAGGAUUGUUCGGAUUCAUGGACAGUGCAUGCUGAUUUCGCGCGAACCUUUCUUUCCUCUCGUUUGGAGGACUUGGGCCACUUAAGCGCCGAACAAGAAGCUCUUCUUUAUUUCGCCGUGACCUACUUCGUCUCACACGACAUUUUGGCCGCGACAGGGGGUACAGUUACGGAAACCUCCGAGAUGGUCGCCGAAAUGUGUAACAAAGUGGAUAAAUCAACUAUCCUAGCUUUGACCGGAUGUUCAAGGGAUUUACUUAUCUUAAUCUCUGAGAUAAAUCAAAUGGGCUGCUCAUUGAUUGGACAAUCACAUCAAGACCAACUUCCGCCCGCAAUACAGCAACGCCGAGAUGAUGUUGAGAAACUCCUUCAUCAACUACGUCAAGAAGUUCCAGAAGAGUUCAAAUCAUCCAAAUCCGAAUUUGCCGUUAUCGCAGAAGUGAAAAGACUCGCGGCUCUGUUAUAUCUUUAUUCCAGGAUAGACGGUGCCUCGCCCCAUGACCCACACAUGGUAUCAAUAACUCAGCAAAUCUUGGCGCUCGUUCCCGAAAUUUCUCUACGUACCCACACAGGCCUUUGGCCCCUUUUUAUUGUAGCAACAUUGGGUAUCCGCCCGGAAUGCGACGAAGAGAGAAAGCUCAUUCUAGGUCGGCUCGUCGCUCUUCAACAGACGAGGCAACUAGCUAGUGUCAAGAAAGCUCGAUUAAUCAUCGAAGAUGUCUGGAAAUCACGAGAUUUACGGCCUCGUGAGUCGAGAGGAUGGAAUAUCCUGCAAGGAAGGAGACAUGGUGCUAUCAGUUUGGCAUGAAUUAUUGCUCCUAUUGUCUAAUAAAUUCUGUCCCUAUCGCCAACAUACACUCAACAUCGCCCGUCUUCUCUCGGCGUCAAUUUUGUACCAGUCGUACAAAGCCUCUAGGUAGUAUAACGGAAGCCAGUUUGUUUUAUGUCAGUCUCGUCGAUGAACCCAUCAGCGGUGCCUUCGUGUACUUCCUCUGGUUUACCGAACUUGCGGUCCCUUCGCUUGUUUUCCCAGGCUCCGAAGACCCAAUAUGCCAGCAGGAUAAGCAUACACGCGCAAUAACAUACCAACAUAGCUAUAACACUGCUCACGUAUUUGGGCGCUUCGUUGCUUCUAAAAGUCUGGGGUCCGAUCAGGUUUCCGGCCGCAUAACCUAUAGUGACCAUACUGUAUGAGACGGCCUUCUUCGUCACUGCAAUGAUGA